UUCCAAAACCCCAAAAUUCAAUUUUCUCGAAAUUCAUACCCCUUUUCCAAUUUCGAAUUCCAUUCACAAUUCUUUUUCAUAAUCCCAGAAUUUUCAAUAAAAUCAUUAAAUCUUGAUAUACGUAUCUCACAACCAAAAUUGUUUUUUGGUUUUUAUCAUUUCUAUUUUGUAUUCGUAUUGGAAUUCUGCUGAUUUUCCUGGAAGAUGCGUUUUCCUGCUUCCAGGGAUCGAUUUCCCGGAGGCCAAACAGCUUCUCAGAUCUUGUAAGGAACAAGGCAAGGAGAAGAAAAACGAAAGCUCUUGAGUCUUGUGAUGGGCGGAAAUGGAAUUGCUGCGGUGGUUUUCUUGUUCUUGAUUUUUUCCGGUGUCUCCAACGCUUCCCUGUUUUGGAAGCUUCGAAAGCUAGCAGAUGUUGCUCAGAACAACAGCUCCGCUGCCGCUGCCGCCGCCGCCAUUCCAACUGUUUCUCGGUUGCCGAAUCCUGGAACGGUUGACAAGAAAUCGGAUCCUAAGGUGGAUGGUUCGGGAAAAUCCGGUAGUGAUUCGUCGAAAUUGGAUCCGAAUGUGUCGAAUGGAACAGGCUCCACGCCACCACUGGCGCAGAAACCUGAGGCGGCAUCGGAGAAGUCGGAUUUGAUCAGUCCACCACCUCAAAAUCUGACAGAUACUGGUAAAAAUUCGGAAUUGAAGGAUAAAGAUGUUGGCAAGAGUAAAGGAAGCAAGGAGGAGGAGGAGGAGGAGAAGAACAAGAAGGGUGGUGAGGAGAUAGAUAGUGGACAGAGUUCGAAUUCAGAAAAUAAAGGGGACACUGAGAAGAAUAAAGAAACAAAGGAAGAGGAAGAGAAGAAGAAAAGUGAUAGUGAGGAUAAAAAUGAGUUGCAGGAUAAAGAAACAAAGGAAGGGGAGGGGAAGAAGGAUGACACGCAGCCAAAUAGUGGUGAAACUUGUGACGACGAGCAGACGUGCAAGGAUGAGAAUUCUCUGGUUGCCUGCAUAAAACAUUUUGACAGUGGGUCAAAAGAGUUGGCUGUUAUAGUCCAAAAUCAAGGGGAAGAAACUUUGGAAGUAAAUCUUACAGGCUCAACGUCUAUGGAAAAUCAUUUCAAGUUACCAAAACAUGGAACUCAUAGGAUAAAUAUCUCACUGGCUUCCAUCCAAAGUGACAAACUGGUGGUCAGUGCUGGACAUGGGAAUUGUUCCCUACACACGGACUCUCCUGUUUCCAGAGCAAACUUUUUCUUUCUCCUGCCCUCAUAUGACAACCUAGUGAGCCCCAUAAAUGGUGCAUACUUCUUGAUUGCAACAGUUGUAAUUUUUGUAGCUACAUGGGCUUGCUGCAAACUCAGGAAUUCAAGGAGACGGCGGCUAGAUGGAAUCCCUUAUCAAGAGCUAGAAAUGGGAAGGCCAGAAUCCAUGUCAGCUACUGUAGUCGAAACAGCAGAAGGAUGGGAUGAGGGUUGGGAUGAUGAUUGGGAUGAGGAACAUGCAGUGAAAUCACCAGCAGCACGUCACCUAGGAAACAUCUCAGCAAACGGCCUCACUGCUAGGUCUUCAAACAAAGACGGCUGGGAAGAUGGUUGGGACGAUUAGGAUCUUUACUUGAAAAAAAUGCAAGGCAAGAACGUGAGAAUUCAACAUGCAGAAUUUUGGAUGAAAGAAGAAAACAAAGCAGGUAUACGGAAAUCAUAGUCAAUUCAUUGUAUAAACUGUAAAUUCUUAACAUACUUGCCAUGUUGACAUGGAUUGAAGAUUUGUUGUCAUUCCUGAUCGGAAGGAAUUGUUUAGAAGAAGCCUAAAAGCAUUGUAUAGGGGAGUUGCACAUGUUUUGUCUCUAAUCAAUCUUCGCCAUACAUGUUUCCCUUCUCCCUAUUUUUUGUCUUGCAAGUUUGUAAUGCCUUUUUGAGUACCCGGGCUUCGGAAAUAUAUAUAUAAUAAAAAAAAAAAUUUCAG